AUGGCGAGUGGGCGGGCCCCAGCCCCCCUUCCCCCCUCCCGGCUCUCUGACCCACAGUCCCACCGAUACCAGCGCAGGGCCUGGGGGGGGCGGGGAGGGGUCUGGCGCCAGAGGACAGCCCGCAGCCGAGCCCCAGGGUCUCCCAUCCCCCGGCAGGGCCCCGGAAAGCAGGACUCUGGCUGCGCAGGAGCUUCCAGACCAUGUGGCCGGUCCCAGGAGGGACCCGCUGAGGAGGGACCCGGGCGCACCAUAAAGCCCGGGGUGGCCGAGAUCACGCGGCUCCUGAAGCCCGAGAUAAAAGGAUCUCUGGAGGCUGCAAGCGGCGCUGCUAGACCCCCACGAAAAGGAGAGGCCGGCCUUGGGAGGGGGCCGCGGGCAGCAGAGCCUCCCUCGGACACAGCCGCCGCGGCGCCGGGAUGGGGCUGGCUGGGGAGGAGAAGGCAGCCCAGCUACCGGCCGGCCCUUGGGGCAGCGAGGGGAGGGGGCCCGCGGCCGGGGGCCGGGCUGUGCACCCCGGGAGGGAGGGGAGCAGGAGGCCCGCUCUCCCAGCCCGGAGCCUCGCCGGCGCCCGCCUCCGCUCGCCAUGGGAAAGCCCGAGGGCACCUCCAAGCGCCCACCUGCUGGCGGGCGGCUAAGAACGGGAGGGGCGACCACCGCAGGCCGCCGGGGGGGGGGGCAGCUCCUUCCCCUGUGGCAGCCCCGGCCCCUCCCCGCCUCCGCGCCGGGAGCGGAGACUCCUCCAGGCCCCGGGAGCCGGCCGCCGGCGCGCUCUCCCUGGCAGCCCGUGGGCCGCGGACCUGCUCCUCGGCCGUCCCGCCCCCCGCGCUGGCUCGGCCCGGCCCCGCCCGCUCCCCAGGCCCGGCCAGCGUGGGCUGGUGGGCCACCUCCUGCCUGCCCCACCCGCCAGACAGGGCAGCUUGCCCCGGCCUGGGCCUCGGAGGGGGGCCUGAGGCGCAGGCGCCAUUGGACCCUAUUGGGCCGGGGGAGCGGGCCCCCGCCCGGCCGGCGUCCAAUGGCAGGUCCGGCUCCGGGGCCGCCCGUGGGGCGGACACCUGGGCCCGGGAGGGGAGGGGGCCCAACCUGGGCGGGCACCUGGGAUCCAGGCUGAGCCUGGGACUGGGAGGCGUCCUCCAGCCGAGAGCGAGCCUGACUUUCCCGCCAGGCCCGGACCCUUCCCAGCGCAGGGACCCUGGGCCAGGGCAUGGCCCCCUCUAUGCCCCGCGGCGGGGAAGAAAGCGCUCCUCCCUCGCGAGGACCGAGCCCAGAGCUCCACCAGCCGGAGGCCGACCCUGUUCACCUGGGCUGGGAUUGGAGGGGGCGGGGGCGGGGCGGGGCGUCAGGGGCUCAGCCUCGGGCCCCAGUGCGCCCUCAGCUCCCAGCCCGCUGCCGCCGCCCUCCCUGCAGCCCCAGGCUCGAAGCCCUCGCGGAGCCGGCAGCCCAUCCCGGGCUCGCUCCCUUGCUCCUGACAACCGGGAGCCCCUGCGUGGGGAGGGGGCCCCGCUCCAUCGAUUGGUCACCGCAUGGCGACCAAGCUGGGCUGGGCCGCAGAGGCCCGGGACACACACUGCCGGCCAGCCUGGCCUGCCAGUCACUGCCUGCUCACUUGUCCCAGGGCAGGCCUUGGGAGCUCAGUCCUUCUUGCAUGAGGAGGGCACCGGGCGCCAGAGGCUCCGUGCCGCAAAAUCAGUUCCAGAGCAGUUUGAUGACCCGUAUCCGGGCAUCAAGAAGCCAGAGGUAGAAACGAGAAGCCCCCGUGGCGGCGAAGCUGCGAAAACGGCCCCUCCCACUAUCCGGGCGGCCCGUUGCAGCCCCCGGCAGAGACGGAGUCUGUACGCGAUGAAACAAAAAGGAUUCGUGAGCAAGGCCGCAGACGGGGCUCGGCUGCCGGCCUGGAUGCGUGGCCCGCUGGCCGCCGGGGCCCAAGGGAGGUGCUGCCCGUCAACUGGAAGAAGGCGGCGGCGGCGGCGGCGGCGGGACGUCGGGACCCGGAGAAGUAGCGGGGAGCGCUGGCAGGGAAGGCCGCCCCCGCCCGCCGCCACGGGGGCAGCGUCACGGCCCCCCCUGCGCGCAAACGGACGCCCCGCGACGCCUCCGGACAAUUCGCCCCUGCGGAGUCGGGCUUGCGGCCUAUCCCGGCUCGCUCCGCCGGCCGUUUGCGGCCCCGCCCUCCUCCUACCCCGGCCUCUGGGAACCUCGGCUUCCUGCAGCGCGCUGAGAACCCUGGCGCAGGCUUUUUCCCGACAGCCCCCGUUCCGACGUCUGCUCCUGCUCCGCUCUGGCCCGGGAAUGGCGGCGUCCCUGUGGCCGUUACGGGGGCCUGCCUCGUGCGCCCUGCCCGUGGCCCCCGCGCCGGGGAGCGGCCAGAAAGGCGGCCCCGAGGGACCCACUGGCUACGUGGGCCAUGCUGCGCGCAUAGCCGCCCUCCCCCAGCAGGGGGCGCCCCCGCUCCCUUAA